GUCACAACAGAGAAGUCGGACAUCCACUACCACGUCACUCAUCAAGCCUAACUCAUCGCACAAGGAGACUUUUGUCAUUUGGUGGGAAGGAUGAAGUGGACGACGGCGUUCCUGGUCUUGCUCGUGGUGGUGCUGAUGGCGCAGCCCGGAGAGUGUAUUUUCGGACUCAUUUUUCAUGGCCUGGUUCACGCUGGAAAGCUGAUCCACGGGUUGAUCCACAGGAAUCGCGGCUUCGAAGAGCAAGAGGAGCUAAACAAGCGCUCGGUGGAAUUUGUGCCCGGCCAGCCCGCUUUCAACUGAGGCCGUUUGCUUACAUCGCCUUAGUGCCGCUUUUGUUGUUGUUGUCAUUUUCGGUUUGUUUGUUGAUCUUGCUAUCAAAUUCCUGCAGAGCAACAACAAUGCGAACACGGUGCAUUAGCUUAUGCAAUCUGGAAUAAAUC